UACGCGUUCCUUGUGAAUUCUCCAAAGUCGUCAUUUCUCUGUGUUUGUAAUUGCACCUGCUAAAAAAUGUGGACAAUUGUAUUGUGUGUUGUCGCUGUGCUUGUUGUAUACUAUACUCACUGGAUAAACAAAUGGAGGAACCCGACAUGUAAUGGGGUUCUGCCUCCUGGUUCCAUGGGGUUGCCAAUCAUCGGAGAGACUCUUGAGUUGAUUAUUCCAAGUUAUUCUCUCGAUCUUCACCCUUUCAUCAAGAAAAGAAUUCAAAGGUAUGGACCGAUUUUUCGAACAAACAUCCUCGGACGACCUGCAGUGGUGUCUGCUGAUCCAGAAAUCAACAGUCACAUCUUUCAAAAUGAAGGGAAGUUGGUUGAGAUGUGGUAUAUGGACACAUUCUCUAAGCUUUUCGCUCAAAGCGGUGAAUCAAGGACUAAUGCUUUUGGUAUCAUUCACAAAUAUGCAAGAAGUUUGACUCUGACUCAUUUUGGUUCUGAGAGCCUUAAGGAAAGGUUGCUUCCUCAAGUUGAAAACAUUGUUAGCAAGUCCUUGCAAAUGUGGUCUAGCGACGCAUCGGUUGAUGUCAAACCGGCUGUUUCAAUUAUGGUUUGUGACUUUACUGCGAAGCAGCUUUUUGGCUAUGAUGCUGAAAACUCAUCGGACAAGAUAAGCGAAAAGUUCACUAAGGUCAUAGAUGCCUUCAUGUCCUUGCCCCUGAACAUCCCUGGCACAACAUACCACAAAUGCUUAAAGGACAAAGAUAGCACGCUAAGUAUCUUGAGGAAUACACUGAAGGAAAGAAUGAAUUCACCAGCAGAAUCACGACGAGGAGAUUUCCUUGAUCAAAUCAUAGCUGAUAUGGAUAAAGAAAAGUUCCUAACUGAAGAUUUUACUGUAAAUCUGAUCUUCGGGAUUUUAUUCGCGAGCUUCGAGUCGAUUUCAGCAGCACUGACACUAUCCCUGAAGUUAAUUGGAGACCAUCCUUCAGUGUUAGAGGAGUUGACAGUUGAGCAUGAAGCGAUUCUGAAAAACAGAGAGAAUCCUGAUUCCCCACUUACAUGGGCUGAAUAUAACUCAAUGACUUUUACACUUCAGGUAAUCAAUGAAACCCUGAGGCUGGGAAAUGUUGCGCCCGGAUUGUUAAGAAGAGCAUUGCAAGAUAUGCAAGUGAAAGGAUAUACAAUUCCUGCCGGUUGGGUUAUCAUGGUUGUAAAUUCUGCCCUUCAUUUAAACCCCGCCACGUUCAAGGAUCCACUUGAGUUUAACCCUUGGAGAUGGAAGGACUUCGAUUCGUAUGCUGUUUCUAAGAACUUGAUGCCUUUCGGUGGAGGAAGGAGACAAUGUGCAGGAUCAGAAUUCACUAAAUUGUUCAUGGCAAUCUUCCUUCACAAAUUGGUCACCAAAUAUAGGUGGAAUAUAAUCAAGCAAGGAAACAUUGGCAGAAAUCCUAUUCUGGGAUUUGGAGAUGGCAUCCACAUAAGUUUCUCACCAAAGGGCAAUUAAUCAAAGACAUUUGUAAUAUUUCAAGAUUUAGUGUUGUGAUUAAGUAUAUUUAUAUCUUCCUUGUAACCAAUAAGUAUCCCCCGUCUCAUCUCUUGAGAUUGUUCUUAAGUUUUCAGCCUCAUUUAAUUUUAUAUGCAAGCAAA